CACCGCCGUUUCAAAAUAUGUUUCAAUGUUUUUAAAUGAUACUUAUCAAUAACGGUGUUCGUCAAACAACAAAAUAUAAAACCAACUGGCAAGUCGACCAAAAAUAAGUUUUAAAAAUACGUUUCGGUAAUCUGUACAAAACCCGAUUCCCGUUUUAUUCUUGGCUUAUUAUACCUCACAAAAAGGUUAAAAAAUGUUGUUUCUUAUUGGACUUUUCACUGAUCAUCCCAGUUAUACAAUGAACGAUUAUAAUUCCUGUUUAGUAAAGCAAAGUCCAUAGUUGUAACUUGCAAGUGUGUUCAUUACAAGACAUAGUUAUACAGUUAUACGGUUGGAUUAAAAAAUAUUUUUAUACUUUUAUACCCCAUGGAUUCGAGUAAUGCCGCAAACGUUUCAGAUGACGAAGAAUCGUUUUAUGGCGUUUUUGUGGAAUCAGAUGUUGAGGAUAGCAGUACUCCUAGAGUGUUCACUAAUUUUAAAGAAACACUAUCUGCAGUCAAAUCUAACAAAACUGCCAGAUUCAAGUUGUUCAGAUCAGCAACUGAAGCUGAACGAUUUAGUGUUUUUGGACAUGAAUUACCUAUAAAACAAAUUGAAAAAAAUAUACCUAAUGUAUCUACUGGUUUCACUUUUAAGUCUCUAAAAUCUGAAGACCUGGUUGCUUUCCGUCGUCUAAUUGAGGGUGGAGAACUAGAUAAGGUGAAACUGGCUGUGAAUUCAAAUCCGAGGUUUCUUGUUAGCAGUGGUGACACACCAUCAAUAAUUCAAGAAGGAUGUCGGUAUAAUGCUAUGCAUGUAGCAGCUCGAUACGACCAACCACAAAUUGUUCAUUUUAUAAUGGAAUGUAUUACUAGUUCAGAAUUUAUAAAAAGUUUAUAUGGUACGGAACAAUCAUAUCUAUCUCGGAGUGAAAUCAUUACAGAUUUGUACUUAAACACACCUGAUAAAGCUGCAAAUGAUACACCUUUACAUAUUGCCUCAAAAUUUGGCCAUGUGGGUGUAGUAAGAGAGCUAGUUUCAUAUGAUAAGUGUAUAUUAACAUCUCUAAAUAAAUAUGACCAAACUCCUAAAGAUGUUAUAUGCUCGAGAAACAACAAGGAAACGUAUAAUGAUAUAUUAAAUUUAUUAGAAAAUGGAUAUUUUGUACCAAUGUGGAAAUCUGAUGAUGAUUGUGUUCAACCUACAAUUGGUAAACCAUUUUCACCUAAGUCUUCAACUAUAUUGUUUCCACCAUUACAGAAUGACAAUCCUAAAUCAUUAAAUCCCAUACUUGAAGUAAGAGCUGUGGCUGGACCAAUGAAUGAAUCACAAGCUCUAAAGUUUUGGAAGGAUUGGAAAUCUCCAGUACGAAAAACAUUAUUAUCACCUUCACCAAAAAAGUCUCCAUCUAGUCCAAAACAAAAUGAGUUUAAAAAUAAAAGUAUUGAAAAGGCAGGAAGAGAUUUAGCUGAAAAAAAGAAAGUUGGCUGGGCUGAAUAUUGGCCCUUCCUUGAUGAAAUAGUGGAUCUGAAAUCAGAUAGAGGUUUAGAUUUGCUUGAAAAAUAUUUGAGACAAAGAUUUAUUAUCAAAGAACAAGAUAUUCCUGAAAAAUCAUUCACAUCGGGACGAACUAUUUUAUUAAGCCCUAUGGGCGAAUUGUGUAAAGCAUUAGAGUCAAUGAGAAUUGGAAGUAUAGUUAGUAGACGAAGUCCUCAACGUUAUACUCUUGUAUCUUAUACUUGUCUUGUAAAAUCUUGUAAAGUUUUAGCAGAACGUUUAUCGAAUGUAAUAAUAUCCGAGUAUAAAAAUAUAUUGGGUAUUGAAUCAUUAGCUACUCGGUUAUGCCAUGAAAUAAGACAUUUAAUGGCUUUGGAAGAUAGUUUCUACUCAGAUAUUCGAUUUGAUUCAAAUAUUAGAGGAAAAAUUCAUGGAAAAGUAGCCGAACAUCUUUGUCAAUUAUUAAUUAAUAAUUUGGAACUUGUCAGUAAUGUUACUUUAAUAGUUACAAAACUUCAGAAGUAUUAUGCAUUUCAUGCAAUUGGUAGUCGUAGUGAAAUCACUGGAGCUUGCUUGAUAACUCAGGUUCAUAAUAUUCUUAUUGAAAAGUCUUCUUUUACACAUAGUAUGCAAUCUGAUGAUAACGAAGAAAGUUGUAAGCGAUGGUUUUUAUCUGCUGUUCCUUGUUUAUGUAGUAUUGAAGCUAAAUCAAGUUUAAAGCCUAAAAAACUAUUUUGUGAUAACGAACCUGUUAACAGUACAGUUGAGACUGAAGAAUCUAAAAACAUGCAUGAUAAUAUAGAAAAUUCUUUAAGUUCCAUUCAUGAAAGAAGAGAACCACUAUCAAAUGGCUAUGACUCGGAUGAUGAUGUUUUUUCCAGUGCUCCUACAAGUCCGUGUAGUGAAUAUUCUUCAUCAGAUGAAUCUGAAGAAUCAAAUAUGUUUCAUAACGCCGAACAAAAUUUUUCCUACUUGUUAUUUUCAAGAGAUGAACCAAUAGAUUAUGAUUAUGAAAUCUUUGAUGCUAUUAAUGGUGUAAACAUAGAUUCCAACAAAUAUCCAUGGUUAUAUAGGUGGUUGUAUUCAAUGAAUGACUAUAAUAAUGUUAACGAUCUGUGAUAAACAAUGUAAUGUUAUAUUUUAAUGUGGUGAUUUAUUAUUUUAAUUUAAGUAUGCUAUAUAUUUUAUUCAAUUUGUAAUGUGUAUGUACGUUUGUAUAAUAAUGUAAACACUAAACUAAUAUUAAAUAUGAUUAUCUAUUUUCAAUAUUUUGGAUUUUUAUAAUAAUUUAUGUAACUAUUUGUUAUUUAUAUAUAUCUAUUAAUGUAUUCCUUUUUAAAUUCUAAAGGGUAAUGUUGUAUGGUGUUGCUCAUUAAAUUAAUUAUGCUAAAUUUCUACUUAUAAGAUUAAAUUGAUUGUAAAUUCUUAUGUCUAUUGACUAAUUCUUUUAGACACAAAUCAUUUUCAUUAUUCAUGAAGUAUUUGAUAUUUUCACAUGUUUAUUUGUUUAAACAAUGCACAUUUUUUGUUAGUAAAUUAAUAUAUAUAUAUUUUUGUAUAAUAUAUUAAGUAAUAUGCAUAUUAAGUAUAUUUUUCUUAGUUGUAUACUGAGGAACUGAAAACAAACAAUAAAAGUGAUUUAAAUAGGUUGUUACCAAAAGAUCUUAUUAUGAAACCAUAUUAAAAUAAUAUAUAUAUUUUUUAAAUUUUACACUGAAGUAAAUAAUUUAUAAAAUGACAAUACUUAAACAUUUUUCUAUUUAUGUUUUUUUGUUUGUUUUUAAAUACACUUAUUGGAUUGUCUCUUUUAAAUAAUUAGAUUUUGUUGAAUGAUUUUAUUAAGAAAAAAUGUAACAUUAUACUUUAAAUAAUACUAUUGACUUCAAAAAUGAUUAAAACCAGGGUAAUUUUUUGUAGCUUUUAAUAUGGGUUUUAUGAAAUAAAUGUAUUUUUAAUCAAUUUUUUCUUUUAAGUUAUUUUAAGAUAUUAAUAUUGAAUGCUAAGAAGUGACAACUGUAAUAAAUUUAAUAAUAUGGUAGAAAUGAAUGAAUAUAAUUUUUGUUAUACUAACUUGAGUUAUGUUAUACUUUUUAGUUACACUAUUAUCUGCUUAAAUGUUGUUAGCUCAUUAAUAAUUCAUUAGUAUUGUUAAUUUGAUGCUUAAAAAUGUAAAGUUAUAAAGUUAAUGUGGAUAGUCGAAUUUAGAUGUGAUUAUAGUUAUAUAAAAAUAAUGGUUAUAUAAUUUUAUAUUUUAUGUUACUUAUGUUAGUUAUUUUCAAAUUUUAUAUUUUAUUCAAUUAUAAAAAAAUAAAAAAAUAACAUUAUAAAAAAUA